CUCGGCUGAUAGCGCUCAUUAUAAGCCACAUAUUUGUUGUAUUUGUAAAUGUAAAGAGCAGCCCUUCCGCACACUUGACAAACUGAAUAGAAUUUUCGUUUCCAAGCAACCACUAAGGUCACUGCCGGCCCAAAAUAUAAGUUUCUUGUUUUUCGGAACUGGGUCACCAGCAACAAACAUAAACAAACGCUGAGCAUAAGUCAGAGUGGGACCGCAACACUGAGAGGAGGCAGGGGGCGCAACAGACUGCGUGCAAGCGAGACGGUGCGUCGCUGAGAGAGCUCACUGUGAGAGCGAGUUGAGCAUGCGAGCAUGCGUUGCCACGAUACACAGCUGUAUGGACAGUGCGUGGCUCUUGUUCCCCCUUGGUAUUCGUGUUUUGUGAUUCGAACAGUGAGCAGGUUGCUGUCGCACAGGGAACUGCCACUGCAAAUGAAAUACAUAAAUUAAUUGAAAGAUAAUAAUAAUAAUUCAGGAGAAAUAUUCUAAAACUUCAACUGGAAAAGAGCGCUGGAAAACUCGACUCGAGUGGCUGACAAACGACAGACGACAGACUUAUUCGAAUCGGCAUUCAUAAAUGCGCAAUUUGACGCAGAUAACAAUUAUUUCUCGCUUGCUCUACACGAAACCCUAAAUUGUCUGGAUGGGAAACAACUUAACUACGAGUGGAUUGGUACGGAUAAACCGGGGCAGAAUUGUGUUCUUCGAAAGGCCCGUCGAGGCGCAGGAAAACAAGGUUGACCCAGAUAUGGAGGCCACUGGGACUAGCAGCUCGCUGAUGCCCUUUAGCGAGGAUGGAACACGUCUGCCGCUGCACAUAGAGCAACUGCCCAAUGAUCUAUGGAUCGAGAUUAUGACAUAUUUGUCAUUCAGAGACUUGCAGCAACUGCGUUUGGUAUCUUGGCGCUGUCGCGAAUUGGUCAAUCGACGGUAUUUCACAUCCAAGGGCAAGGUGAUUGUUACCAAAGAGAAUCUGAUUGCAAUGAAGGCGCACAUCGAGCGUGGAGUUUCGUAUUUGCGCUUCGACGAUGUUGAGUUGCGUGAUCUGACGCAAAGUCCCGAGCUGUCGCAGUUCUUGAAGAUGGUGGGACCGGAGGUGAAGCACAUGGAGGUCCGGCAUGCGCCAGUCUUUCGUAACAUGGAUGGCAAGCUGCCCAAUUUGAAGAUCUUGAAAAUAGUUACCACCAGCUUCCUGGAUGAUGUCAACAUGACCAUCGAUGGCAUCAAUAUGAAGCAAUUCAUGCAUCUGACCGGCUUCGAGUGCGAUGGCGUCAGCUUGGAUGCAGCUCUGAAGCUGUUGAUGCUGUUGCAGCUGCGCCGCGUGGAGAAUAAGGUGCGAUUGCGUCAUCUGCAAUUCGAGUAUCGCCGUAACAAUGAGACUGCACUGCUGCAGGUGCUCUACGAUCAUGCGCCGACCUUGGAGUGCGUUGACCUCUUCUUCAGCUGCUCGCCGGGCAUCGAAACUCUGCGCUGGUGUGCGGCCUUCAAGCGGAUGAACAAUCUGCGCACUCUCAAGCUCUCUGGCAACUGUCAUCUCGUGCUCCUCGAUGAUAUUCUGGACGCGAUUCCCGAAACGAGCAAACUAGAGCACCUCGAUCUCACUGGCAUGCUGUCGCUAACCAAUGAAAUGCUGCUCUGCAUAGCGGACAAGUGGCACAAGACUCUGCGCUCACUCGAUCUCAUGUUCUGUGUGCAACUGGACGUGCGCUGUGUGUCGGCCCUGCGUAAGAUGAACGGCUGCCUAGAGUCCUUGACCAUGGCCUACUGCCGCGCACUGACCGGCAGGGGCCUCGUCGAGGGCCUGACCACGCAGAUAAACUAUACGCUGCAGGAGCUCUUCCUGGAGGAUGUGUGCUUCAUCGAUGAGGCGUCAAUGUGCACAAUGCUGGAGCGUCUGCCCAACCUGCGCAAGCUCAGCCUGGACAACUGCCGCCAGGCAACCACCGAUCGCACCCUCUCCACCAUCUUCCGCCACCAGACACUGCUGCGCCUCCUAAGGAUCGACCACUGCAUCAAGGUAACCGACAUGGGCUUCAUAGGAUUUGGCAAUCAGCCGGCGCCCAUCAGUCGCUUGCGCGGCUUGCAUGAGCUCAAUGUGCGAGGCUGUCGCAAUCUGACAGAUCGUCUGCUUAAGCGAGCGCUGCAUCUGCCGGAGCUGCUGGACCUCACGCUGGACUACUGCAAUCGCUUGGAGGCCAAUGGCAUAGCGGCGCUCAGUGUCAACUGCCCAGCCCUGGAAAAGCUGUCCGUGGCCAGCUGCUCGCUGAUCAAUGACGAUGCGGUGGGCUACAUCGUUGUCAAUUUGAAACGCCUGCGCAGUCUCACCAUCAGCAACUGCUCGAUCCUCACACUGCAGGCCUUCAAAUAUAUUGCCAAACAUGGCCGGAAUCUGCGGGAAUUGAUUGCUUGCAGCAUUGAUGGACUCGACCAAGAUGCAGCACAGAAGAUUCUUUCGCGACAGCUGCCAGAACUGAAGCAUGUGACGCUAUAGCAGGAGAGGCUGGUUCACUGACUAGACGAAAACAAUCCCCACGCCGGCUGGGGAACCGACGACGAGGACGAACCGGAAAUCAUCGAGAUUGUUAUCUGAGCCAGAUCUAUGCAAUACGAUCGAAUCUACU